UCUGUAUUAGACGAUCAAAAUACUCGAAGAGAAUUCACAGAGGGGACAUUACUAUUGCAACUAUGUUGAAAGGCCUGAUUUCUUACAAUUAUAAGGAUUUGAAGUUUGCAACUCAGAAUUUUAGUGAAGAAACUAAACUAGGAGAAGGAGGAUUUGGUGCUGUAUAUAAGGGCACUCUAAGGGAUGGGAAAGUGGUUGCAGUCAAGAAGUUAACUUUACUCCACUCCAAGAAGAUAGAGGAAGAUUUUUUGAGUGAAGUGAUGCUUAUCAGUGAUGCUCAUCAUCCGAAUCUUAUUCAACUUUUGGGAUGGUGUAGUAAAGGCCGUGACAGAAUCCUUGUAUAUGAAUACAUGAAGAACAAUAGUUUGGACAGAUUCAUAUUUGGUGAAAAGAAAGGUCAUCUCAACUGGGAGCAGCGAUACGCUAUAAUUUUGGGAAUAGCAAGAGGCUUAACUUAUCUCCAUGAGCAAUUUCAAGUCUGUAUCAUACACAGAGAUAUAAAGACCAACAACAUUCUCUUAGAUGAUGAUUUACAACCUAAAAUUGCUGAUUUUGGAUUGGCAAGAUUUUUACCUGAGGACAAAUCUCAUCUUAGUACAAAAUUCGUGGGAACAUUAGGAUACACAGCACCAGAAUAUGCAAUUCAUGGUCAAUUAUCAGAGAAGGUUGAUAUUUACAGUUUUGGUAUUGUACUCCUUGAAAUCAUUACUGGCCAGAAAAGCAAAGCAUUCAAGGAUCAUGGUGAUGCUGAAGAUGAAUUCCUCCUACCAAAAGUUUGGAAACUAUAUGAGAGAGGCAUGCACUUAGAGUUGGUAGAUCAGGCCUUGGACCUUACUGACUCCGAAGCAGAAAAAGUGAAGAAAGUCAUAGAGAUUGGUUUGCUUUGCACCCAAGCUUUUGCUGAUUUAAGGCCAACAAUGUCUGAAGUGAUUGAUUUGCUCCAAAACAGUGGCUUAUCGCAUAUGAGACCCUCUAUGCCCGCUUGGAAGCUAUAUGGGAGAGGCAUACACAUAGAGUUGGCGGAUGAUACCUUGGAUCCUUAUGAUUAUAAUGCCGCCGAAGUGCAGAGAAUUAUAGAGAUUGGUCUGCUUUGCACCCAAGCACCUGCUGAAUUAAGGCCAUCAAUGUCUGAAAUAAUUGCUUUGCUCCAAGAAAAGUCCCACGCUGCUUGCUCUGAAACUGUUGCUCAUCAAGCAUGGAUUGACGCAGGCAGUUUUCCAGUUAUGCAACAUAAACAGUAUUUUUGA